UCUCUCUCUCUGCAACUCCCAAGCUGCCAUCAGACCCCAAAGCCACAGCGUCUUUACUGUCGGCCCGCACUCCUACCAAAGCGCUAUAACCCGCACUUCCAGUUCGAUAAAUGCCCCUCACCUUCUCAUUAAUUUCCUCGCGAGCCGUACCCUCGUUCCCUUCUCCACACGAACCCUAGCUCCUUCGACCGUGCCCAAAAAUGUCCAGUGCCGAGACGGAAAGCGAGAGGUCAUGGGAAUCGGCGCUCCGCAAGAUGCUCCCUCCCGGUGCUCCUCUCCCAGACCAGGACCACCUCGACUACUCCAUAGCUCUCGAGUACGACGGUCCACCAAUCCCUUACGAAGUCCCCAAGGUAUCUCUCGCGGGACCACCGAAAUCUGAGGAAGAUGAGAGGUCAUGGGAAUCGGUGCUCCGCAGCAUGCUCCCUCCCGGCGCUCCGAUGCCGGACGACGAGAGCCUCGACUAUUCCAUCGCCAUCGAAUACGAUGGACCACCGGUCCCCCACGACGUCCCCAAAGUCGACCCAUUGAUCAUGGAGUCCGCCCCGGGACUACCGAUUCCCAAGCUCCCGCGGUUCAUCCGCGCCUCCAGCAGUGGCGGGGAAUUCCGUGGCAUGGUGGCGAGCGCGAGGAAUUCGUCGUCAUCGUCGUCGGUCUCGAAGGCGGUUCCGGAAACGGAAUUGCAGCAGGACAGUUCGUCGCUGGAGCCGGUGGGCCCGAUCUGGGAUCGGAAGGCUGCUGCGGAGGGCCGGCGGGCUGCGGUCGUGACCUUCCACACGGCUGCGUCAGAGGAAUGGGAGAAAGAGGAAGAGGAGGUGGAAUUCUCCUCGUUCCGGUCGAGCAUCCCCAAUUCGGCGCCGGUAGUGUCGCCGGGGCUCAGGGCGAUACCCCUUGCAGCACGGGCCCCGAGGAAGCGGGGGAUCUGCAGCCGGUGUGGGAAGAAGAGCCGGCUGCGGGAGAAGGAGGCGUGCUUGGUGUGUGAUGCAAGGUACUGCAGCAAUUGCGUAUUGAAAGCAAUGGGGUCGAUGCCCGAGGGGCGGAAGUGUGUGAGCUGCAUCCACCAUCCGAUUGAUGAGUCUAAGCGGGCUGGCCUUGGGAAGUGCUCGCGGAUGCUGAGCCGGUUGUUGAGUCCGAUGGAAGUCCGGCAGAUUAUGAAGGCAGAGCAGGAGUGCGAGGCGAACCAGCUGAGGCCAGAGCAGUUAGUUGUAAAUGGGCGGCCGUUGAGGCAGGAAGAGCUGGCGGAGAUUUUGGGUUGUCCGCUACCGCCUCAGAAGCUGCGGCCCGGAAGGUAUUGGUAUGAUAAGGAUUCCGGGCUUUGGGGAAAGGAGGGUGAGAAACCCGAUAGGAUUAUAAGUUCGAAAUUGAAUGUUGGGGGGAAGCUAAAGAUGGAAGCUAGCAAUGGGAACACACAGGUGUACAUUAAUGGGCGGGAGAUAACGAGGAUAGAGCUCAGGAUGUUGAAGCUGGCCAAGGUGCAGUGCCCUCGGGACACUCACUUUUGGGUGUACGAUGAUGGGUCGUAUGAGGAAGAAGGUCAGAAUAACAUAAAAGGAAACAUAUGGGGAAAGGCAUCAACACGUCUGAUCUGUUCUUUAUUCUCAUUGCCCAUACUUCCUGGAAACAUUCCUGAACCAAAAGAAUAUUCAACCACGCCUUCCAGUAGAUCUGUGCCAGAGUAUUUAGAACCUAGAAAAGUCCAGAAACUUCUGUUAUUGGGAUUGGAAGGCUCCGGAACGAGCACUAUCUUCAAGCAGGCAAAAUAUCUAUAUGGGAACAAAUUCUCUCCCGAAGAGUUGCAGGAUAUGAAGCUCAUGAUUCAAAGCAACAUGUACAAAUAUCUUAGUACGUUGCUCGAGGGACGAGAGCGUUUCGAAGAGGAGGCUUUGGAGGGAAUGGAAACUUCUGUUCCACAUGCUGAGUCGUCUGACACAGGGGAAAAUGGAGUCGAGGAAGGGAAACAGUGUAUCUAUUCUAUCAACCAAAGGUUGAAGCAUUUUUCUGACUGGCUCUUAGAGAUUAUGGCCAUGGGAGACUUGGAUGCCUUCUUCCCUGCUGCAACACGUGAGUAUGCCCCUGUCGUGGAUGAGGUUUGGAGGGAUCCUGCCAUUCAGGAAACGUACAAGAGAAAAGCCGAGUUGCACUUUCUUCCAGAUGUUGCAGACUAUUUCUUGGAUCGGGCUAUUGAGAUUUCAAGCAACGAGUAUAAACCCUCUGAGAAAGACAUUUUAUACGCUGAAGGAGUCACCCAGAGCAAUGGUCUUGCCUUCAUUGAAUUCUCAUUGGACGACCGCAAUCCAAUGUCCGAUGCGUACUCUGAAAAUUUCGAAUGCCCGCCUCCCCUUGCAAAAUACCAACUGAUACGAGUGAAUGCCAAAGGACUGAAUGAAGGUUGCAAAUGGCUUGAAAUGUUCGAAGAUGUGCGGGCCGUGGUGUUCUGCAUCUCCCUCAGCGACUACGAUCAGGUGUGCACCCAAGCUGGGGGCCUCCUGUCCAACAAGAUGCUGGUGAGCAGGGACAUGUUCGAGAGCGUCGUGAGGCACCCUUCCUUCAGAGACACCCCGUUCGUGCUCCUCCUCAACAAGUACGAUGCCUUUGAAGAGAAGAUCAACCGGGUUCCACUGACAGUCUGUGACUGGUUUGAUGAUUUCAGCCCCGUGAAGCCCCACAACAGCAACCAGUCACUGGCCCACCAGGCUUACUACUACGUGGGGGUGAAGUUCAAGGACCUCUAUGCCUCCAUCAGCAACAGGAAGCUGUUUGUGUGGCAGACUCGGGCCUGGGAGCGGAGCACCGUUGAUGAGGCAUUCAAGUACAUCCGGGAGGUCCUCAAGUGGGACGAUGAGAAGGAUGACAAUUUUUAUGGGAUGGCAGAUGAAUCGUUCUACAGCACGGACAUGAGCUCAUCGCCUUACAUCAGGCGGGAGUGAUCUCAUCCCUCGGCCAGUGGGCCUUCGUGACCGUUGGCGGUAUGUAAAAAAAGAUUAUUUGAAGGGCCCCCAAGACAAUUUUGAUUCUUUGAUAUCUUGAUAAUUGAUAGGUUCGUGCGGUUGAAGCCGACGGGUGCAAGCAGGCCCCGCUGUGUGGCCACAUUGUGAUGGAUCAACGGUUAGGAUGAUUUGAGAGCAGUAUCUUGGAAGAGGCUAAUUGGGGGGUUAGAGGUUUGUAUUAUUGGGGAUGGAUUGUGUGUCUGUAUAUUCUAACGUUUUAUUGCGUUUUCUUGCACUCUUUUGUCAAAAAUAAAAUGUUCCUUUCUAGGGUCUUAUGAUA